AUGUUAAACAUACUUCGUUGUUGUCGGGUUGCAUCCAAUGCCAACAACAUUGGUCAGGCCCAUCUAUUGGCAACAUCAACAGCACUCACAUCAUUAUGGCGACGAACAUAUUGCAGCAACAGCAACAGCAACAAAACAGUGGAGAAGGAGAAGGUGGACGUGACACAAUACCCACCAUCACGCGUCAGGAACUUUAGCAUUAUUGCUCACAUCGAUCAUGGCAAGACAACACUCAGCACCAAGCUGCUGUCGCUGACGGGCACUCUGCCCAAGAACAUCUAUGGCAGUGGCGAGGACAGUCUCGACCUCAGCAAGCAGAUCAAGAGCGACAACCGCCGCGAGCAAUACCUCGACAAGCUGCAGGUGGAGAAGGAGCGCGGCAUCACGGUCAAGGCGCAGAGCUGCUCGAUGGUCUACCACAACAAGGUUGACGGCCACAAGUACCUGCUCAAUCUGAUCGACACCCCCGGCCACGUCGACUUCAACUACGAGGUGUCGCGCUCGCUGAUGGCCUGCCAGGGUGCGCUGCUCGUGGUGGACGCGUGUCAGGGCGUGCAGGCGCAGACGAUGGCCAACUACUACCUGGCGCUGGACUCGGGCCUCGAGGUGGUGCCCGUAAUCAACAAGAUCGACCUGCCCACGGCCAACGUGGACAUGGUUCUCGAGCAACUUCAGAGCACCUUUGGCUUCCAUCCGCAGGACGUCCUGUGUGUGAGCGCCAAGAGUGGCGUGGGCAUCACCGAGAUCCUGCCCGCGGUGAUUGACCGCGUGCCGCCACCACCCAGCACCGAGGGCGCGCCAUUCAAGGCACUGCUCUUUGACAGCUGGUUCGAUCGAUUCAAGGGCGUUAUCUGUAUGAUCAAGGUCGUGGACGGCUCAGUGAAGAAGGGCGACGUCAUCCAGGCGGCCGCCAGCGGCCAGACAUACGAGCUGUUUGAUGUGGGUGUCAUGCACCCUGAGCAGGAGCUGACAGGCGAGCUGCGCACGGGCCAAGUCGGCUUCAUCGUGCCGGGCAUGAAGACCACGCAAGAGGCACGUGUCGGCGACACGUUCUACCACAAGGAGCAUCCAGUGCCCGCGCUGCCGGGUUUCAAGCCCGCCAAGCAGAUGGUAUUCGCGGGUGUCUACCCCAUCGACAACCUCGACUACGUGUCGCUGAAGGAGUCGUUUGAGAAGCUCACACUCACAGAUGCCUCGGUGUCGAUGUCCAAGGAGAGCUCGGUCGCCCUGGGUAUGGGCUUCCGUUGCGGCUUCCUUGGCCUCCUCCACAUGGACGUGAUCCUUCAGAGACUCGAGCAGGAGUAUGGCCAGGUUGUGAUCGCCACGCCACCCACCGUGCCCUACCGCGUAAAGAUGCGCGAUGGCACCGAGAAGAUGAUCUCCAACCCGGCCGACUACCCCGCACAGGAGAACAUCAGCGAGACAUUGGAGCCGAUGAUCAUCGGUCGCAUUGUGGCUCCCAACGAACAUUUGGGCCCACUUCUCAAGCUAUGCAUGGAACAUCGUGGCUCGCAAUUGGACCACGAGAUGAUGGAAGGCGGUCGCAUGCGACUGACAUUCUCCUUCCCGCUCUCAGAGAUCAUCACAGACUUCUUUGACAAUCUGAAGCGUAUCUCGAGUGGCUACGCGUCGCUCGACUAUGAGGACGACGGUUACGCCGUGGCCGACGUGGUCAAGGUCAAGGUCAUGCUCAAUGGAGAGGAGGUCGACUCGUUGUCGGCCAUUGUACAUAAAUCACGUGCCACGCCACACUCGCGCUCGCUGGUCAAGCGCCUCAAGAAAGUGAUCGAUCGCCAGAUGUUUGCCGUGGCGAUACAGGCGGCCGUCGGCAACGAUGUGUUGGCCCGCGAGAAUAUAUCGGCGAUGCGCAAGGAUGUCACGGCCAAGUGCUACGGUGGUGAUAUCACACGACGAAUGAAACUGCUCAGCAAACAAAAGGAAGGCAAGAAGAGAAUGAAGCAGAUGGGCUGUGUCGAGCUGUCCCAAGAUGGUUUCCUCAGAUUGAUGAAGAACAAUGAAGAGGAUGACUAA